AUGCGGUCUUUAUCACAAGAUAAGGUGUCAAAUGAUGUUUUGAAGCAGCUUUGGAUGCAGCGGCUUCCAACUCAAAUGAAGACAAUUUUAUCCGUCAGCGAAGAUGGUCUGGACAAAUUAGCUACCAUGGCCGAUAAGAUUGCUGACUGUAGCGAAUCAGAAAUAUGCAGUUUUUCACCUCCUGUAAAUCGUUUGGAAGAAAUUGAAAAGAAGUUGGCUAGCCUUUGCACACAAAUAGAAUCAUUUCGUAAGUCCAGAAGCCGUAAUAAGUCAUCAUCUUCAAGACGUUCACAUUCAAAAUCCGGCAGCAAAGCGAAACCUUAUUGCUGGUAUCAUUUUAAAUUUGGAGAAAAUGCCAGGAAAUGUGUAGCUCCAUGUACGUAUAAAUCUUCAACUUCGGAAAACUAA